CAAUACAAAACCAUGGAAUUCAUUUCCAUUACCAUCUUCUUUUCUUUAUGUAUUCUUUUCGCUUCUUUCUGCUGCUUCUUCAUCUUCUUCUUCACUUCCUCCGCCGCUGACGGCCGCCGGAAAUCCCUUCCCCUCCCUCCGGGCACCCUUGGUUGGCCCUACAUCGGUGAAACCUUUGAACUCUACUCUCAAAACCCAAAUGUCUUCUUCACUUCCAAAGUCAAAAAGUUUGGUUCAAUCUUCAAGACCCACAUAUUAGGAUGUCGUUGUGUGAUGAUUUCAAGCCCUGCUGCUGCUAAGCUUGUUCUUGUCACCAAAUCUCAUCUGUUUAAGCCCACAUUUCCGGCUAGCAAAGAGCGAAUGAUCGGAAAACAAGCCAUUUUCUUUCACCAGAAUGAUUACCAUUUCAAGUUAAGACGUCUUGUCCUCCGAGCAUUCACGCCGGAAUCAAUCAGACACAUGGUUUCCGACAUCGAAUCCGUCAUCGUCGACGCCCUAUGCUCAUGGGAAAACCGACUGAUCAACACUUUUCAAGAAAUGAAAAUUUUCACAUUUAAUGUCGCAUUGCUGUCGAUUUUGGGAAAAGACGAGAUGCGAUAUCGAGAAGAUCUCAAGAGAUGUUAUCACAUUCUUGAAAAAGGGUACAAUUCGAUGCCGAUUAAUCUCCCCGGAACACUGUUUCACAAAUCAAUGAAGGCCAGGAAAGAACUAGCUCAGAUCUUGGCCAAAAUUCUGUCAUCCAGAAGAGAAACCAAGAAAGAACAAGACAAGGAUCUGUUAGGUUCAUUCAUGGAGGAAAAAGAACGACUGACCGACGAACAAAUCGCCGAUAACAUCAUCGGAGUCAUCUUCGCCGCCAGGGACACCACCGCAAGCGUCUUAACUUGGAUCAUCAAGUACUUAGCUGAAAAUCCAACCGUUUUACAAGCAGUGACUGAGGAACAAGAGGCGAUAAAGAUGGGUAAUGAAGACAAGGGUUUGAGUUGGGGAGAUACCAAGAAGAUGCCGAUUACUUCUACAGUCAUUCAAGAGACACUCAGAGUUGCUUCUAUCUUAUCUUUUACCUUCAGAGAAGCUGUUGAAGACGUUGAAUUUGAAGGAUAUCUAAUUCCAAAAGGAUGGAAGGUGUUGCCAUUAUUUAGAAACAUUCACCACAGUGCAGAUAAUUUUUCUGAUCCAGAGAAGUUUGAUCCUUCAAGAUUCCAGGUUGCACCAAAGCCCAAUACAUUUAUGCCAUUUGGCAGUGGGGUCCACUCGUGUCCCGGGAAUGAACUAGCCAAGCUGGAGAUUUUGGUGCUCAUCCAUCAUUUGACCACAAAGUACAGGUGGUCAGUAGUUGGUCCACAGAAUGGGAUUCAGUAUGCCCCCUUUGCACUUCCUCAAAAUGGCUUACCCAUUAAGCUCUCUCUCAAGUAGUAGAAGAAAGUCAACGCUCAAUUAUCAUUUGACUUUCUUGGUCAAAGGAGAGAAAGAGAAGCCCAACCAUGAAGAGAUAUGGAAUUUUGUUCAUUUCCAAUGAAGAUUAAAGGAAACAAAUUGUACAUAUAAAAGUCUCCUUAACUCAGAAGUAAGGGAAAAAAAAAAGAAUUGUGUCUUUUUGUAAUAAAUAAAAGUUCGAGGGGGUGUUAGGUAAUAUUUGUUUAGAGUGAUAACUGAUAAGUUGAGCUUUUCAUUAACUUUUCUUGUACAAAGUCCGCAAGGCAUUUAUAUAUGAAAUUUUAUCCCUUAUUUUUUACA